GGUGGAGAGUCUGACGCACAACUGCAAACAGAGGCUCUAAACCCGGCAGAGGAUCACCGGAGACACCGCGGAGGCUUUGUGUUUAUCCCUGCCGCAAACAGAGGCUCUGAACCCGGGUAAAUGCGAGGACCCUCCCCGCUGUCAGAGUCCGGAGACCCGUCUGUUUGCACCGGGAAUCCGAGGGGUUGUUGUUGAUGUGAUCUCUGGAAGAAAGUAAACCGCUUUAAAACCCCACCGUCCGUGAGACUCAGCUCCAUGUGUGCCCCCCCCUCCCAGUAGCCCCACCAUGUCUGCGGCCCCCCCCCCCUGACGGGGACCCGGCGUGGGGCCUGGAGGCUCUGGGCCUCAGCCCGAAGGAGCUGGUUGUGGCCGAGGCUCUUCAGAUGGAGUACGACGCUCUUUCCAGACUCAAGCAGGACCAGAGUGGCUCCGAGACCCCAGCCCCGCCGCGGCCCCCCCCAGGAGGAGGCCUGCUGAGGGGCCUCUCUGGAUCCGACUCCUCCCUCACCCAGCCCGGAGGCUCCCAGACCCCCCAGGGAGCCCCUCUGUACAUCCUGGACCGCCCGGGGGUUCCCAAGCUGAGGGACAGCCCCCGCACGAAGCCUGUUCCUAAAGACGACAUCCCCCCUGCGCUCCCACCAAGAAACCCCCUCCCCCCUCUCCCCCUCCUGCCCCCCCGAGGCCCCCCCAGGCCCCGAGAUGUCAACCUGUUCACCCCCGAAGUGGACCCUCCCAAAGUGGGCCCUUCCAAAGUGGGCCCUUCCAAAGUGGACCCUCCCAAAUUGGGGCUGAACUACGACAACAUCAACGACUCGCUGUCCCGACUCAACGGGGGCCGACAGGGGUCGCGGGGCCGCAAGACCAACGGGGACCAAUCAGGGAAGCCCGUGGCCCGGAGUAAGACGCUCCCCCCUCAAGUCCCGCCCCGGACCUACGUCCCCGUCGCCCCGAGCAACAGGGGGCAGCGCCGGGUGUCUGCAGACCCGGUGUCUCUGGGCUCCAGGACCAAUGGGUUUGGAUAUGAACUCUUCCAAGUGAGUGAGGAGAGAGACGAGGAGGUGGCUGCUUUCUGCCACAUGCUGGACGUGCUGCGCUCGGCGGACCCUCACUCUGGGCGCAUCAGGAAUCGGGGCUUUGUGUGGGCGGGGUCAGUGGAGGGGGAGGAGCUACAGCAGGCGCUGGGGGUCAGCGUCAGGGUCACGGUGAACAGCAGACACUUCAGAGAGCCGCUCACCUUCACCUGCGACGGUAAGACACAACAAUCAUUCAAAGGCAAAGGUGUUUUCGCCACGCUCAGCAGCGACAGGGCGGAAAUGGCUCUUCUGACCUGAGACAUGAGCUCCUCC